GGGCCGGGGCCGGGGCCGGUGCCGGGAAGGUGGGGGGCUGCGCGGUGCGGCGGGGGAUGCGGGCCCCGGGCGCAGCAUGCUGUGGGGGGUGGGCCUGGCGGCGCCCCGCUCCUGCGUGGCGGACCUGAGCCGCAACCGCAGCCUCUCGCUGGGCUGGUGCGCGGGGCCCGAGGAGCCGCCGCCCGCCCUCUAUGGGGGCGAGAUCGUCGCCUUCCCGCUGGCGGGCGGGGGCGCGGGCGGCACCAUGGCGGCGCUGGGCUCCGACUCCUGGUGGAAGAAGACGCUGUACCUGACGGGCGGCGCCCUGCUGGCCGCCGCCGCCUACCUGCUCCACGAGCUGCUGGCCAUACGGAAAGAGCAAGAGCUUGAUUCGAAAGAUGCUAUCAUCCUGCAUCAGUUUUCAAGGCCUAACAAUGGUGUUCCAAGUUUAUCUCCAUUCUGUCUGAAAAUGGAAACUUACUUGAGGAUGGCUGAUUUACCCUACCAGAACUAUUUUGAUGGAAAGCUUUCCCCUCAAGGGAAAAUGCCUUGGAUUGAAUACAAUCACAAGAAAGUGUCUGGCACUGAGUUCAUUAUUGACUUUUUGGAAGAGAAACUUGGAGUGAAUUUAAAUAAACACCUUGGUCCGCAUGAAAGAGCUGUUUCCAGAGCUGUGACAAAAAUGGUGGAGGAGCACUUCUACUGGACUUUAGCUUAUUGCCAGUGGGUGGAAAAUCUUCAUGAGACGCAAAAGAUGGUUUCACUUUUUGGCCCCUUCAGUGACUUGCUGAAGUGGAUUCUCUGCCAUCUGACCAAAGGGAUUGUGAAGCGGGAAAUGUACGGCCAUGGCAUUGGCCGCUUCUCGGAGGAGGAGAUGUACACGCUGAUGGAGAAGGACAUGCGGACUCUAGCAGGCCUCCUGGGUGACAAGAAGUACAUUAUGGGACCAAACGUUUCCACUGUUGAUGCCACUGUCUUCGGGCAUCUGGCACAGGCAAUGUGGACACUACCAGGGACUCGACCAGAGAGACUAAUCAAAGGUGAACUGAUUAACCUUGCUAUGUAUUGUGAAAGAAUAAGGAGGAAAUUUUGGCCAGAAUGGCACCAUGAUGAUGAUAACACUCUGUAUGAAUCUGAGGAAAGCAGCGAAGCAAGCAAGACUUACUCCCCUUUGCAGGACUUCAGUUUUUAUUCAAGGACAGAAACAUUUGAUGAGGAAGGGAACAGUAUUUCUCAAACCCCUGACACAGAUUACACUGGACACUCCCUCUUUGAUUCGGAUGUGGACAUGGAUGAGUACAGAGAUCAUGAACAAUGCAAGUGAUGCGUACAAGCAUCUCCCAUUUUGAAGACAAGCUGUUUCUUGGGAUUAGUCUGUUUUCUCCUUCAGGUCAGGAAGAGGUUUAUACCAGUUUGGAAGAGACUAUUGUGCUUUGACUCAGCUGUCACAUGUUACCUGGACUAUUUCAACCUUAUUUCAUUUUGUGUAACUGUUCAGAUGGAACCAAGGUAAACAGUUAUUUAAAACACACAUGGGCAAACUGGAGGUCCAGAGGGCAACAGGACUGUUCAAUCUACGUUUUUGUUCAUGUUCAAAACCAGAUCCUGUAACCAAGUGGGACAGAUCUCUGGGAAGUGGAGCAUUUGUCAGAGCUGGUUUGUGUUGAUAUCUUAUCUUUAUAGGAAUGGGUUGAGGACAAAAAUGGAAGAGGCAUGACUGGCACACCUUUCUCCCAUGGAAGAAAAUGAUUGAUGCUGUAUUGAUUUCGUGGAGUUUUGGGGGGCAUUUUAUUUGAUAGCUACCUGUGCUCUGGGUGCGUGUGUUAUUACAGUGUCUGUAGGAAACAACUGCUCCCAGUUCUUUCGGAGGCGGUUGAGGAAGACAGGAAGAAAACAUAUUCCUACAGAAAGGAGCUUUUUAGUGUUUCUUGUUCUUUGCAGAAGAUUGAAAUCACUACUCUAGAAUAUUUUUAUUCAGAAGGGAAAUGUCAGUUUUAAAGUAUAAUCUUCCAAACACUCAUCUGGAAUGCGUGUUGGCCAAAUUUCUUCUGUGUUUUCAGAUUAUUAUUAUGUUUUUACUUCCUGCAAUAGCAGACAACAGCCAGUGGCUAGGCAAGGGUAAAGAAUUGGGAUUUGUUACUAAAAAUCUGGUGCAUCUCAGUAGUGGGUGCUUUGUGUUCUUUACCAACAGACAUGUCAAACCCGUGAUGCCUGUGAAGCGAUUUGGAGUACUUCUAGGCAUGGGAUGCUGUAUAAAUGCAAGAUCUUGGCCCAGGCAAUCAAAUGCUUUAGAGCUGCCUAGGAAGGUGCUUCCGUGGAUGCUGGGCGCUGUGCUGGCUUACAGUGCACAAUAUCUAAAGCUGAUGCAUGGGAGGCAGUUGAGAUAGGACAGCUGUGUUAUCACUGCUGUCUUUGGGGAUUUCCAGGUGCUGAAAGUGUGACCAGAAUUGAUUUUAAGGUGCCUUUGCUAGCACAUCCGUGAAUCUGGAACCGCAAAUCCAGAAUGAUUGCACAGGUGCUGACAUGCUUCGUGUUUGUGUCUCCCUAAAUGCAGGUUAGUGGUGAGAAUGAAUCCAUUGGAUUUACUCACCACUUUGAAGGUAAACAUGUACAUCAGUGUUGCUUGGCCAUGAUUAGUUGGUUUUAAGUAGAGAUUAAGCAUAUAGAAUAUAUAGACAGCUGUGGUAUUUGUAAACAUGCAUAUAAAAUCAGGUAUUUGCCUGCAGCCUUUGGUGGUGGCCCAUUUAAAAAUAUUUUAAUUAUGACUUUCUCAGUGAGUUACAGUUAGAUUAAUUGGAAUCCCUCAGCAAAAUUUUUAUAAUGUGUUGGUUGUGCCAUAUGUUCUGGGAGCAGACAGGGCAGACAACUGCUUUAGGAUGUUAAUUGUUGGCAGUACUAAUAGUCUGGAGCUUGAAAUAAUUCCAGCUUUCAAAGAAUACUUCUCUUUCUUGGAUCGUGGAGUGUCUCCUGCAGAGGAAAGUGCUUGCUCUGGGGAAACACUGAGGUAGCUGUGGCUCUGAAAGCAGGGACACAUGUCUGCAGCGAGUUCCCAGCUCUGUUCAUGCAUGGGAGCUGCCGCAGCGAGAGCUGGCAGGUUUGGUGAGGUCUGAGAUGGGUGUGAAUUUGCACCUGUUUCCUCAAUUCCCCAGGUAUGUCCUUGGAGCCAUGUUCCAGUCAAUGGUCUCCAUUGUUGUGGGCAAGUAUCACUUGCAAAGUGAACCAAAAUCGAGAAGGAGGAAGGUAUCAUCCAGUUACUUGGGACCUUUCUUGGUAAACUAAGCACAGGAAUAGGGCACAGGAAGAUAAGUCUUGGGCUUGAAAGCGCAGAGGUGGUGGCCUGAAAUGCUUGUGAAACUUCAUAGCCAAGUCAGGGCAGAUUCUACCUGCAAGAUAUAGGUGUUGGUGUUCUGGAUAAAAGGCAUCCAUGUCAAAAAGCUCUUCUUUAAAAACAUUUGUGUGUUGGAAAUUCUGAUAGAGAUGUUCUCAUUCAUUUACCCAUGCGUAUUUGAAGGCUGUGCUUUCUCCAUCUUUUCAGCGCUGGGAGGGUGUGCUUGCAGCAGAUGAGUCCCAGCUGUGAGUCACAGUUCUUAAAAGACCAGCCUGAGUUCAGUGGGCCGUAUCACCUUUAUAAUUUUGGUGGGCUGACAGAUCUGUCCGUGGCAGUGGCCCUUGCAACAUCCCAAAAAGCAGGUUAACCAGAAGUCAGUGACGUCAUUUUACCGUCCUGUGCGCAGGCAGCCGGAUCUGUAUUUUAUGUGGCCGCAUGCAGCAGUGGGCGCAGAGAUGGGAGAUGCCAACGCAAGUGCACAGCACAGCCUCAUUUGUCUGCCAGCACUUGGAGCUGCUGGCAUGCCAGUGCUGCCACACCGCAGCCUGGGGACCUGCACCGAGGAUGUAGGUGCUUCGCAGGGCUGCAGUUAUGUUUGCACCUGAUGUUUUUUGCUUUUGUUUCAAAUAACUGGUGUGCCUCAGCAGAGGCUGAACCUCACCCUGACUGACCAGGUAAUGGGCUUGCCCCUGGGGAGGUUGAAGAGAGGAUUGGAAGGGGUUGCAGAAGGUGAAGCAGCUUUUUGCUGUCGGCUGAGUGUUUCAGGGUGUUAAUCGUUGAGGUGAAUGUAUUUUGUGGCUCAUCACAUGCCCUCCCUUUCUGAGGGAUUACUCAGGUUACUUCAGAGGAGAAGUUAGUUGGCUUUCUCCUCAUGACAGCUACUCUUGAUAAAGUCUGUGUUUUUGGGUUGGCUGUGUUUCAAACUAGAGGUGAAAUUAGGAAACAGUAUCUCUUUAGGAAUUUAUAGGUGUAGUAUUUUGUCCAUGUUUGUUAGGAAAGCCUUGGGUUUGUUUAUCCCUUCAGAAACAAAUACUGACUGUUAGACCUCUUUAAAAGGAUUUAAUCCAAGCUUUUUUCUUUCUUUUGGAAGCUGGUCUUGGUGAAGUGUUCUGGGGUGGGGGGGAAAUCUUUAAAAAAAAAAAAAAAAAAAAAAAAAAAAAGAAGCUUUUUUUAACAUUAUGACAAAGUGGUAGUUCAUUUGGAUUUGCAUGUGGAAAGAGAAGGCGAGUCGUCUUCAAAAAAAAAACAGAACAGAUUUUUCUGACUUUCCGAAAUUCUACUAGAAGAGCAAUGUUUUCUUAGUCCUGCAGUGUGUGGUUUUUUUGUCGUCCCCCCCUCACAAUCACCUCUAUUUUUUAUCUUAGUCCUGAGGGGCUGUACAGAACUAAAAAUAGUUGGAGAGCAUCUUUACUUCCUUUUGGUGUGUGUGGUUUGUGGGUUUUGGUUUUUUGGUUUUUUUUUUUGUUUCGUUUUGUUUUUUCCUUCCCACACCCUCACUGAUCAAAAUUGCAAGCAAGUCCAUUGUAGGGAUGCUGGAGGUCCCGGUUGUGCUGCUGAUGGGGGUGAGGGACAUGGGGUGUCUCUGCAGCUGUGAAACCUGGGACAGCCGCAGGGUGCCAACCACCCAGCAGGUGAGCUGGGAUGGCCGUUUCAAGCUGGAGGUGGAGGAUAAUGGAUGCCAUGAUGUCAUGUCUGAGGUGAAAUGGACCACAUAAGGUUUUUCCCUGGCUGGGAGUCCCUCCACCGUGGCCAGAAACUCAUUGUGGGGCAAUGUUAGGAAGGGUUCAGGGACCCUUGUCACAAGAGUCAGAUGUCCGUGAUGUCUCCAAGAGCAUCACAGCUGCCAGCACCAAACCUGGUUGUGGUCCCAGCUGCAGCCCCAGGCUGGUUUUGGGUAGAUGGUGGUACGUGGUCCUGGCAGGAGGAAAGCUAACUUGGGGCUCUUCCACACUAUCCAGCCCCUACCAAAAUAGGGCAGGCAACCCUUGGAUGGUCAGGGGGGGAGGCAGCAGGUAGGAGAGGAGACGGUGGGAUGCGGGGAGGGUGCCGAGUGGUGGGUCACCACAGGAGGACUUGGGCUGAACCUGCAGCCUGGCUAAUGCCACUGCUCCGGCCUGGGUGGGAGCCCUGCCCUGCUCACGAGCUGCUGAGGAGACAGUGCCAUUCCUCCCAGUUACUUUGCCUUAAAUGCCACCAAAGGCCGUGUACUACCUUUGUUUCCAUAGUGCUGCUGUAAGAGAAUGGAUAAUUGGUCUGCUCCUUGUUUGGCAAACAGGAGUUUAAAGCAAGCCCUCCAUUUCCAGUAGAGUUAGAUUUGAAGCAGUCUGUUGUUUUUUCAUGUGAAUUGCAGUGUUUGACUGUGUAACACUCUUGUCAUGUCAGAAGGGAUUCGUUUACCCCUGUUGGACUCAUUGGCUCUGUCAGCAAAGCUCACUGUUACCGAGUAUGGGAAACAGACGCUGGGAUGUAUAGGUCCUACAGAAAUCCUACAAAUGUGGUGCUUGAUAUAAAAACCAAACCAAACCCGAUGUUUCAGAACUGGAGGACUGUUUCCAUCCAAUUAUAACACUGCAAGUCACACAUUUUGAUCUUUAAAACCUUGGCAAUGUCCCUCCAGAUCUAUAUUCUCUUUGAAAAAAUAUUGCCUGAAAUAUUUCUGCAGCAACAGUUCAGGCACGAAUUUCCUUUUGUCAGUGAUGUCUGCUCAAGUAAUCAUGACAGUUUCAUACUGUUUUCAUUGAAAGGGCUGUAUCUGUCAGAUACUAAGCCUUACAAAAUAUUGCCUGCUGGAAAAGUGUGUUAUGUGCAGAUUUAUGCAGGGCAGCUCACCAAGUGAAAUUUCUGUGGCAGGGGAUGAAUUCAAGUGGGUCUUGUCAUUAGAUGUUUGAAUAAGAAUUUGAAUCUGUUUUCUGACAAGUAGCUAUUUAGCCUAACCCCUCCCAUCCCCAAAUACUGCAAAGUUAUGAAUUAGGCAUGUGAUCGAAAUAAAGCAAAUUAUGCUCUCUAAAUGCAGAAUUACAUUGGAUGUCCCAGUAGCUGGCAUACGGAAAUGGAUAUACAUGGUGUAGGUGUGAGUCAUGCCCAUACUUGUCAGUGGCCGUGAACUGGAGGAGUACCCAAGUAGUGGUGUUUAAUCCUGUGGACCAAGAGGACGAGAGGUACCUUUAAAUGACUGCAGUGGUUUUCAGCAGUUGAUUAGUGCUACAGGUACUCAUGUAUGCAAUGCUAUGCUUCGGGUAUUAGAGCUACGUAGACAGCGCAGGGACUCAUUUCGGUAGCUGUGGCUCCAGUGAGGCUGUCAGCAUGCUGUCAUCCCGUGCCCGUGCUGCAGAGUCGUCUGCAUCGUGGUGAUGAAGGGCAAGGACAAGGAUCUGCUCGGGUUUGACCCCUUUCCAGAGCAUUGCAGCGAGCACAGCUUUGAGCUUACUGGUGAACGUGGGCCGUCGUGUUCAGCUGGUGCCCUGUUGAGGGAAGGUGUUCCCCUGUACCGUGUGGGUUGCUGGUGGGAUUUAAUUUUCAGGCCAGUGACCGUAGUCUUCACAGCUUUGUCUCAGUGGAGAAAAGUGUUGCAACAUGAAUCAGCUCUGUCUCGGUGGUUUGGGGCAAUUCUCUCUUUGAUGGCCAUCGGCAAGGGCUUCUUUUGCGCUCCUUCCCUAUGGAAGUACCCUAAUGUGAAGUACUUCUCAGCAGAUGUUUCUGCAGCUCCCUGAGGAGUUUGGAAAAGAAAAGGGAUGUCUGUGUACAGUCAAUGAAAACACUCAGUGUGUCACUACAGUGCUAAACUGUUAGUACCACGUCCUGGUUGCCCCACUUCCAGAUUUUUUAGGCCAGAGGAGAUAGUUAUGGGCAUUUAGUCUGACUCGUGCAUAAAAAGGAUUGUAGGAUUUCAUCUAAUGACUUCCACAUUCAGCUCAACAAACGAAAGCUGAAAUGGAGCAUAUGCUUCCAGAAGGCGUUCAACUUUUGCAGAACAAAUAAAAUCCUGUCCUCUUUGAAGCUGCUGAUAAGUGCUGUUUGCUUCAGCGGGGCCAGAGUUUCUGACCGAGCUUCCAAGAGACCCAGAAUUUACCACUUCUCUUAUUCCUCUGUCUAAUUAUCCUCACCUAAAAAUUUGCCUUAUUUGGAGCAGUAAGGCAAACAAGAUGUGACCAUUGUUUUUUUUUAAGCUCUCUAAACAAACAAACAAACAGACUGCUUUUUUAAGCUUCACUGAUCGUGUUGAUAUUCUUACUGGGCACUAUGUUUGUGUGUGUUCUUCCCUCACUUCUUUGUUUGUUCUGACAACUAAUCUUUCCUGGAAUGUACAGGUUUUUAUUUUUCAGGAUACUUGAAGAAUGCAAGUCCCAAAGUUUUAAUCACUGGGGUGUGCAAUCCAGCAAGAAUACAGUAUAUGUAGAUGGGUAUGGGGGGAGGGAUAUAUCCAGCUAGCUGCAGUGUACGAGGUUUAACUAACAAAAUGAAACAACACAUUGCUAAUUGAGGACUCUAAUACUGUAGCUGCAUUAUGUUGUUUGUAUGAACUUACAUGAGACAUACAUUAUUUUAGCACUGUUAUUACUACUAGUUUAUAAAGCCAUAUUUAAAAUUGUACACUUAAUUGUAACAUAACUUGAAAUCGUGCACUGUGUUGAUCCAUGUAUAUAUAUAUGAAAAUCUGUAUAUUUUGUCUUUAUGCUGUAUGUCACUGGUGUGUAAAUUAUAACUAAUGGAUCUAAAAUA